CCGGUGGCUGAGCAGAGGCAGCGCGUGGCGGGCAUGGUGGCCUCCAUGUGGCAGUGGCUGGAUGACCAGAGUGCGGGCAGCUGCUCGGACGAGCGUGGGAGGACCUGGAGGUGCUGCUGAGAGCCUUUACCCGCAUGGAGGCCACUGUCAUGGUGGCGGCCUCGCUGUGGAAGAGGCUUCAGGCUGCUCGCGCCUUGUGGUCAAGCUGCUCACUGAGAGGGCGCUCAACGCCACGGAUGUGCCGUCCGUGCGCCUCCUGCCCGCCCCCAUUCGGCUGCCGCACCUACCGGAGCCGGACAGCCGGACGGACGAAUGGCGGGUCGUGGCAAGCUAUGGCAGAGAAGGAACCCUCUGGCAGCAGCAGCAAUGACAGCUCUGGCGCCAGCAGUACCACCCCUGGCAGCAGCAGCGGCAGCAGCAGUUCUGGUGCCCCCCCGCUCCCUCCUGCUGCCAGCAAGUCUGCUGCUGGUGGUGGGGGCGGCGCAUGGGGAACCUUCUCUAACAGGCAUGAGCCGACGGAGCGCGAGGUGAUUUUCACGUCGCCGGCGUUUGUGAUAUUUAACACGGUGGAUGAGGAGGAUGUGGCGACGGGCACCGUGGCGUCGAGGGACUCGGUGGAGAUUGUGAAGCACCAGCUGUAUGCCAAGGCCAGCUUGGAUGAUCUCACUCUUGCGCUCAAGGUUGCUGCACAGGAGUAGAAAAUGGAAAGUUGAGCCCGUUAGGGUCUUUUGCUGGAGGACGUGUAGGGUAAAUGGACGUAUGAGCAUUGCGGCAGACAGACACUUGUGGCCAAGCCUCUCAGGAGAUUGCUUUUGAAGUGAAGUCUCACGAAUUCUAGUAGAAGCGGUGGAUGGUCAGUAGUUCGAAGGACCUCUCACCUCUAUGUUUUUUUGUGGUGCUUGUUUAAACAC